AAAAAACUUGAACAAAAACUUUUGAGGUGCGGCGUGGCGGUGCCCGAAAGCUAAUGGGGAAUCAUCGACUUGAGCUCUAGAAGCAGGAUCGGAAGGGGCAGGAAUCAACGAACUGAUACCCUACAAGCAAACCCCACCAAAAGCGCCUUAGUACCUCAAAGUUGUAUUUGAGCAUUUGUGUAGCUUGAAACGGCAGACGAACACUCGCAGCGUGCAGAGGACUCACAAGACUUGAACGAACCCCGGCGAUGGGUCUCUUCAGUCAUACAAAUCAUGCGUCACCACCUUCACAACCGGACGGCAGUCUCUCCCUCCCUUCACCCCUCCCCCCUCCAGCUUCCCUCUACGCCGCCCCGCCCAUUCCUGCCGAUAGUACUGUAGACACAACCGACCCUCUUGCGAUAGCCAUAUACUACCACGAAGCAAACGUCCUCGAGGUGGCGACAUACUAUUUCUCCAUCGCAGCAGCAAGAGGGCAUCCUGUGGGUUUGUUCAUGUACGCAAUGUCCAUGAGACAUGGAUGGGGCUGUCAAAAGAAUGAGCAGGAGGCUGUGAGAUUACUUCAAAAGGCCGCGGAGACUGCUGUCAUGGAUCUCAACAUGGGCUUAGGAUCGUCCAUGAAAGGAACUUUAAAAAAGAUUGCGACGACCGAGUUGACUUUAGCCAUCUAUGAGCUUGCCAUGAGCUUCAAGCAAGGAUGGGGUGUACAAAAAUCCAAAACUACAGCAACAUAUUACAUGACGAUUGCCGCGCAGUUGGGGGAUGUGGAUGCCCAGCAAGAAUUGGGGGAAUGCUACUUGAGAGGGGAGGGAGUCAAACGAGAUAAGAAAAUGGCAGCAAAGUGGUUUAGGGAGGCGGAAAAGCAAGGUGCACACAUGGUAUCCAUGCAGUGGAUAUGGAAGCCAAAGUACGAUCCAUAACAGUAUCUCUGAAGCUGCUUAUAUUAUCUAUUCUUUCUGUAAAUUGUUACUCUGUAUACAAUAUAAAUGUCUGUUCUGAUUCGUCACUAUCAAUGUUUUUCAAAAUGCGGAUUGUCUGUCCCAGA